UUAGUCUUUCGGUUUAUGAAAACUUGGCGAUAAAAGUAAAAAAAAAUAACGUGUGAUAUUUGGAGAAAUAUGACGAGCGGAAUCAGUUUUGUGAGUUCUAAUCUUCUAGAGGAACGACGCGACGAAUUGCGGGAAGCAAGAGAGGUGAUUCUUGAUAAGGCUAAGAGGAAAUAUGAAAAAGAAGAGAGAAGGAAAGAACAAGCUAAACUUAGAGGAGAAGAUAAAUGGAUGCUGCCGUCAGUUGAUUCAAGAAUCACAAAGGAAUCUACAACAAUGGAAGUGAAGAAAAAGAAAGCUAAAAAGGAGAAGAAGAAAAAAAAGAAGAAAAAGAAAACUAAAGGAUCGUCUUCAGAUGAUUCUGUAGAAGAAGAAGAAUGGGUGGAAUGUAAAGUACCAACAUCAGUUACACCUACAGAUACCAAACAGCCAGUUAUUAAAGGACCAACUAUGUUAAAGAGAGAUAGUUGGAUGGAAGCACCAUUAGAUUUUUUACCAUUAACAUCGAGACAAGACAUACGAGAUAAACAAACUGCUGAGAAAGAAAAGGAAGAGAAAAAAGAAAGCGUUAUAGAACAAAUGGGCCAACAUGCUCGAGAAUUAAAUCCUUACUGGAAAGAUGGAGGUGCUGGGUUACCCAGUGAAAAACAGGAGAAAGAAAAAUCAGUGCCAAAAAUAGGUGAUGGUGGAGCCGAGUGGUUGAAGAAGUCUUAUGCACGUUGUAAAGAACAAGCUCGAGAAGAGGGUAGAAGUUUUGAGGAAUUAGUUUCUGAAAAAUGGGGAUCAUUGAAGAAAAUUGAACGAAUGAUAGCGGAUGCUGAAAAAUCAUCCCAAAAAUCAUCUUCUGAAAGAGAUAGAAAAGUCUUUCAUAGACCCUCCUCCUCCGGUGAAGACAAAUAUGGUUGCAAUUCAGAUAGAGGCAGAGAUACAGACAGACGUAGAUUUCAAAGGCCAUCAUCCCCAGAUAGUGAUAGGCUUAGGGAUACUGCAAAAAGUAGUGCUAGAGAAAGUGACCGGUUUAGAGACAGGGACAAAAAUAGUUCACAGGGUAAUAGUAGAGAUAAUGAUCGGGAUAGACGCCGGUUUCAACGUCCAUCAUCACCAAGUGAAAAUAGAGGCAGAAGUAAUGAAAGACAUAGAAGUAGUGAUAAGGACCCUAGUGAUGACAAUAGACGUCGAUUUCAGCGUCCGUCAUCACCAAGUGAAAAUAGAGGCAGAAGUAAUGAAAGACAUAGAAGUAGUGAUAAAGACCAUAGUGAUGACAAUAGACGUCGAUUUCAGCGUCCGUCAUCACCAAGUGAAAAUAGUGAUAGAAAAUUGGAUCGGUUUCAGAGACCGUCAUCGCCAUCUGAUUAUAGACAAUCUUCCCCUGGCAGACAUUCGUCACAAAGAUCACGAUCUCCGCGUAGAUCGGAUAAGGAUAGGUAUUCAGAUCGAGACCUAAGUCAUAGGGAUGACUAUCGAUCAAGUCGUUCUGAAAGAGAAGUACCAAGAUGGAAAAAGAAAUCUGAAGAAACUAAAAAGACAUCACCUGAUAAAGAUGAGAGGAAAAGAAGAUCUGAAUCACCAAGUAGAAAAUCUUCUAGUUCAAAUCAAAGUAGAAAAAGACAUAAAACCAGUUCUUCAAGUUCAUCAAGUGAUAGUAGCUCUAGUAGUAGUGAAUCGGAGAGUGAAGCUGAAGAAGCACCUCCUCCAGUAAUAGCACCAGUUAUCUUGACAGAAGCAGAAAUGAAUGGUCUUGCAGCUAAAAUAUUAAAAGCAGAAAUAAUGGGUGAUGAGACAUUAGCUAACGAACUGAAAACUAAACUUGAGAAUGCAAGGGAGGCCAAGAAAAAUGCCCCUCCUGCACCAACUUCCAGUCAACCAGAAGAGGAAGGAGAAGUCUUGUUGACAAGGACUACCAAGACUGGAUUUGUCAUGCCUUUAUCAGAAGCUAAACAUGCAAGAGAACCAAAGCAAGGAAGAAAACGACAGAAAAAAAUAUCAACACAUGAAGAUGGUAAUAGAACAAGAUAUUUUGAUGAUGAUGAUAAACUAGAUCUUAAAACAAUGGUUGAACGAGAGAAAAUGGGAACAGCAGAAGAUCAAAAUUCUAUGUUUGCUAGAUUGGCUGGAAGGAGUGUCGAGAAGACAGAUGAUGAUUAUCAAGUAGAUGAUAUGUUCAUUAGUAAAGCGGCCCGCCAACAGUCAGAGGCCAAAUUAGAAGAAAAAGAUAAAAUGAAAUCUAUUAUGGAACAUCAAAAGAUGACGGCUGCCAUUGCAAGAUGUCAGUUCUGUUUUGAUAAAGUUCCCAAACAUAUGAUUAUAGCCAUUGGAAAAAAGUCAUAUCUGUGUCUACCUCAACAUAAACCAUUAUCAGUCGGACAUUGUCAAAUAGUUCCCAUGAUGCAUUGUCCUGCUGCGACAGCUAUAGAUGAAGAUGUAUGGCAGGAGAUGCAGACAUUCCGUAAAACAUUAACAAAUUUAUUCAGUGAGCGUGGUGAAGACUGUAUAUUUAUGGAGACGAGUAUGUUUUUAAAACGACAACCACAUACUUUUGUAGAUUGUAUACCAUUAGAGAGAGAAGUAGGCGAUCUAGCACCCAUAUACUUCAAGAAAGCAAUUCAAGAUAGUGAGUCAGAAUGGUCUCAGAAUGUAAAGGUGGUUGAUCUGAGUAAAAAAGAUAUCAGACAUUCGGUUCCAAAGGGUUUUCCAUAUUUUUGUGUGGAUUUUGGUCAUCAAGGUGGCUUUGCCCACGUCAUAGAAGAUGAACAGAGAUUUCCGACAUAUUUUGGACGGGAAGUUGUAGGUGGAAUGAUUGAUGCUAAUCACAAAUUGUGGAAAAAUCCUCCCAAAGAAAAUUUCGAUGAACAAAGAAUCAGAGUUUUAGAAUUCUCAGAAUGGUGGCAACCACAUGAUUGGACUCAAAAUAUUUGAUAGUUUUGAGCAAAAAUAAGCUAUUCUUGUGGCAGCAAUUAACAGACAUUAUUUGAUAUUUAAACCUACAUAGUUAUAAAAUGUUAAAAAUCAUGUAAAUAAAAUAAACACACAAUGUACUCUCCAGGUUUACAACUUUAUUUACUUUUUUUAAGAGUUUCAAAAUGUUAUAGGACAUAUAAAAUAAACAAAC